CUGUUCAUUACUAGUAUUUCACAGUCACAGAUAGGACGUAUUCAUUUCGUUGUUAAUUUGUGCGGAGUUACGGUUCCUAGCUAUGUGGCGCUUUCUGGUCCUCCUGGUGGGAACGCUGGGUGUGGUGCAAGCAGGUAUCAGCGAUAAAUGUUUAGCCUGUAUCUGUCAAGUGGAAACGCACUGUAAAUACACCCCUUGUCAUCCAGAUGUGGGAUCUCUCUCGUGUGGACCGUACCAGAUCAAGGAACCUUACUGGGAAGAUUGCUACAAACCUGGAAAAGGAUGGAAACCGUGUGCCCUGGAUUUCCAGUGCGCUGCGAAAUGCGUCAGGAGCUACACAGGGCGAUACGGACAAUACUGUACAGGGGGACGCAUACCUACAUGCGAGGACUAUGCCAGAAUUCACAACGGCGGCCCGCUCGGGUGCAGGAAAAAAGCGACAUUAGGCUACUGGGAAAGAGUGAAAAAGUGCUUGGAGAAGAAACCAGACUACAGGUUAUUGUGGUCUUCACUGUACAAUUAAUAAUGAGGGUGUGACAUAAAGUCAACGCCAGGUGACAGUAACACCACACGAAAUGAGGAAACCAGUCUAGCAAGUCGUUUUUCGUACACAAUUAAAACUAAAUAAAUAUAAUCAAAAUACGACGUGUUCAACUUGCAUGAACUACGAAACGAAAAAAAUAAAAUGUACAAACUGA